UUUGUUUAGUUUUUCAUUGAUCAGAUGGAUUGAUAUUAAUUAUUAAUUAAUUAUUGAUAUUAUUUUUAUAAUGUGUACUUGAUAUUAUUUUUGUAAGAUCUUUAACCAAGGAGUGUAAAUUCAAUGGGUAGUAGAAAAUCCAAACCUGUAGAGGUAACUGGCGAUCCCUCCACAUCCCUUGAAUGCUAUAGACCAUUUGGUUCAGUUAUUAGCCCCAUGUCUAAUCAAAACAAUCCCAGUACGCACGUUCGCGAACUUUUCAUGAAAAUAGGAACUAAUUUGGGUCAAAUAACAGCGUACUAUGAGCACGUACAUGAACCUCGAAGUAUAACUACUAAUACUCUACCACCAACUCAAUCGGUUUCGUUGACCACACUUGCGCCACUUAAUUUGUCUAAACCGGGAGUAAAAGUUUUCUCUAAGACGAAAAUUCCUUGUGAAAAUUUUACGAAAACGAGUGAAAUUAUCUAUGAUACACCCAAACCAGUCGUGAAGGCUAAACCAGUAGUUUCGCAGAGUAGUGAUUAUAUGGUCAUGAAUCGGAAAUCGUAAAUAAAACAAUUUCAUGCAUUACUAUGAUAUGGCUGAAGCUGAAUCUAGCUCAAACCCUACGUACUACUUGCCAAUAGUAGAUUCGAAUACGUUACUAGAAGGCUGCGAAUCUAUUUUACGCUCCCUGGUACAGAGAAUAAUAGAAGGGUACAUAAAUGGGUAUACCAAUUACAGUGAUGAACGAGGUGUACAAAGAAUUAAAGUAACAAAAAUUGAAAUCAGAUUCGCUGAUUGAAUGCGUUUGAAUUCUUUUGAAAUGGGAGAUGAAAUUUUUAAAU